CCUUCAUCGCGGUUCCAACGUCCCAAAAACCUGGCAAACAUCACAUCACAACUACAACACAGCGAGCUAGUAGCAACCAACUCAACUCUUUCGUAGCUUCCCUCAUCAACAGUACUCCAAUAUUCGACCAUGAGCAAGUCUCCAUCUCUUCGACGCAUCCAAGCAGACAUUCGUGAACUGGCAUUGGAUCCUUCCGAUCGGUACCACGCGGCGCCCUUGGAGCAUGACAUGUUCGAAUGGCACUUUACGAUUCGUGGAGCCGAUGGAACCGAUUUUGAAGGAGGUGUCUAUCAUGGACGCAUCAUGCUUCCACCCGAGUAUCCAUUCAAGCCUCCUCAUAUUAUUUUCUUGACUCCUUCGGGUCGAUUUGAAACCAACACCAAGGUCUGCUUGUCAUUCUCGGCGUACCAUCCCGAACUAUGGCAGCCAGCCUGGGGCAUUCGUUUGAUUCUCGAGGCGCUGAUUAGUUUUCUACCGACACCGGCCGAUGGUGCCAUUGGAGCGUUGGAUUGGACUGGGGAUGAACGAAAACGAUUGGCCGUCAAGAGUGUCCACUACCACUGUCCCACAUGUGGUUGCAAGGCGAUUGAGCUACUUCCCAAACUCAAACCCAAAACGGAUACUUCUGACAGUAGUAAAAAUGACAAACCAAAAUCCAAAUUUCAAAAGGAAAUUGAAAAAUUACAACAAUUUCAGGCAAUGGAACACGGAGAAGAUAAAGAUAUAAACGACAACAACAAUAAAGGAAAAGAUGGCGAGGAAAAGGACCCGAAAGCAAAAGAAGAGGUCCCUAAAGAGGAACCAAAGCCCUCGGUGGAAACAUCCGUGGAAGCGACUACCACGACAACCAACACGAACGACGAAACGGAACCACCCACGGAACAGGCCCCGGCGGUUGUUACUCCCACUGCGGCGGCUCCACAACAACAACAGCCUGUUGAACAAAUGCAGGAUCCUCCCAUGGUGCAAUUGCAGCAACAACAACAACAACAACAAUUGGAAUUCCGACAAGAAGAUGGAAUGUUGUCUUGGAUGGUGGAUCCCGUAUUACAUGGAAUCAUUGUCAUACUGGCGGUUCUCUGCUUUUUGCUCAUGCGAAAGCUGCAAACCAUGAUGGAAGAGUUGGAGGAACUCAAUGCUGUAUUGGAGGGAUGAUAUGGAUGGAAAUGAAAAUGAAAUUUGAACAGUUAGGCAAUAUUUACGUAUGCAUGUAUGUGUGGCAAGGCAAUUGAAACAGGAACAAAUCUGUAGCAACUAGAUCUACUUUACACGCUUCUUUA